UUGACAGUCAACGCCUGAAGAGACGGAAGGGUUCAAGGAGUGGUUCCGCGGGAGCGAGCUGCAGGCAGCCACGGGCUGCAGGAGCGGUGCAGGGAUGGAGCAGACGGUCCCGGCUCUGCCCGACCUUGCGGUGAGCGCUGCCCAAAGUUUCUUCCUCAUGGGCACCACCGGUUACCGUGGGACUCAACUGAGGAGCCGUGGAGGUACAAUAGCUCCAGGGCAGCACGACGCUAACGCGGGCAGCUCUCCGUGCCGACAGGGAGGAGAGAAACUUCAGGGCCAAGCCCAGCAGUCUCCGUGCAGAGACCUGUGCCGCUAACUCUCGCUCUUCACGCUCGGCUGCAAGCUGGACCCGCGGGUGGCGCUGACAGGGCCGCAAGCCGGCUGCGACCGCCCCGCCCGGCCCCCUCUCCCGCAAGAGAGCCCCGCACCCGGCCCGCAACCCCGCGGGUGACCUUGCGCCGCGGCCUGCGGACACCUCCCAGCGCGCCUGCGCGGCGCCUGCCUUCCCUCACUAAAAAUGGAUGCCCUCCGGCUCCCUCGCACGCGAGGCACCAGUGAGAACCGCUUCCGCCCUCUUUUAGUCACAUGACGCGCGGUCUCCGGCCCGGCAGCUCUUACGGGAGCCCGAUGGGGACAAGCAGGCCGGUUUUUGCGUCUUACCCGAGGAGGGGGCUGAGAGCGCGCCGCACCGCUUGAACCCCCCCCCUUCCCCCCCGGGAGGCAGCGCGAGGGCCCGGAGCGCGGCAGGAGCGGCCCGGCCGGGGCAGGCAGGAGCUUGCGGGCGCCUUCCCGCCGCUCUGGGAUGAGUGGGGCUGCGUUCCCGUCUCCAGCUGCCGAGAUGGCAGAAAUUAAUCGCCUUCAGUAUGAAAUGGAAUACACUGAAGGAAUCAGUCAACGCAUGAGGGUCCCAGAAAAACUCAAAGUAGCUCCUCAAAAUGCUGACCUUGAGAAGGGCAUCCAAGAAGGAUUUCCAAAUGCCAGUGUAACUAUGCAGGUUCCGGAGCGGAUUGUAGUGGCAGGUAAUAGUGAAGACAUUCCAUUUGCCAGACCACCAGACCUUGACCUUCUUCAGUCUACUCCAUUCAAACCGCUGGCAUUGAAAACUCCUCCCCGUGUUAUUUCUCUUAGUGAUCGACCGCUAGAUUUUUUGGACCUAGAAAAACCUCCACAGCAGACACCUCAAAAUGAAGAGGUCCGCUCAGUGGGAAGACUGAAGAGAGAACGUUCCAUGAGCGAAAACGCCACUCGACAGAAUGGCCAGCUGGCCCAGAAUGAUUCCAUGUGGCUCAGAUCAGAUACUGUCCCAAGAAAUAAAAUGCCACGGUUCCAGUCACCUCUUUCGACUAAGGAUUGCACUGUGACACCAUCACUGCAACAGGCUCGUGUCUGUCCUCCCAAUAUGUUACCUGAAGAUGGAACUAAUCUUUACUCUGCUCGUGGCAUUUUGUCGUUUAUCCAGUCUUCCACUCGUAGGGCUUACCAGCAGGUCUUGGAUGUGCUGGAUGAAAACCGCAGCUUGGACAAGGACAAUAGGCCAGUGUUACGUGGUGGGUCAGCUGCUACCACUUCCUCUAACCCUCAUCAUGACAACACCAGAUAUGGUCUUUCCAACUUGGAUACUACGCUUGAGGGAACACCAGACGACAUGACAGUUGUAGAUGCUGCUUCCUUAAGACGACAGAUAAUCAAACUUAAUCGCCGUCUACAACUUCUGGAAGAAGAAAACAAAGAGCGUGCUAAAAGGGAAAUGAUCAUGUAUUCAAUUACUGUAGCUUUCUGGCUACUCAAUAGCUGGCUUUGGUUUCGGCGCUAGACACUGCUCUCGGAAAGAUUUAAUAGUUGCAAAAACAAUUUGCAAAAUUCUUUGUUUCUGAAUUGUAUGUUGUUUUAUAAUUCAUACACUGGAAACUUCCACCACAGAUACAGGCUAUAGAAUUGCAGUGUUUAAAGGGACACCUUGUUGUUCAGUUACAAUGUAUUUAAUAGAUUUGCAUUGCAAAUACUUGCAGUAUCCUCCUUUGCAUGCUUCGAUGUAAAUAUGGAUCAGCCGAUAUGAAGUUUGCUUCAUGCAAUGUAAGGAUAGUGAUCUACAGGAAUAGCCACUGGAUGUUUUGUUGUGGUGGGGAGAGAACAAACGGAAUGGGUUUGGAAAAAAUAUUAAAAAAAAAAAAGGAAUAAAAUAAUUUUUAUUGUUCUGUUGUUAGAUGCAAUUAAACAUGAUUGCACUAGUUUUCCUUUAGUCUGAGUAGCUUGAAGUGUGCCAUAUUCAAGGAGUAUGUCCUGUUUCAUGAGUGUGUCCCUUGUUUAAGCACAUGUUCAGGUCAAAUAAUAAAAGGUAUUCUUUGCUAACAUGCAGAUUGUCCAGAGGUGUGUAAUACAUAUUUUUUUUUAGUUUUAAUUUUGCAGAUGUUUUUCUAUAAAAUACAUUUUAAAGCAAGUCAGUCUGAGUGAUCAAAAGAUUAUGGAGUACAAGAUACUGAUGUAGUAUAUUUAAUAAAACUCUCUCUCAAAAAAAAAAUCCCAAACUAUUGUUUAAUAUUAAGAAAAUUUAUUUGAAGGUUUAUCUAAACUAUGUCUUUGAAGUAAGUAGUAGUGAUGAACUGAACAACUCAAAAGUAGCAGGUGGGCAUCUGCUCCCCCGCAUGUUGUGGUUCUGGGUGUGUGUGGUGAGUAUGCAGGAAGGGAAACCAGGCCGGUGUCCCAGGUACUGUGGUCAGUUGAAACAUCCCUGGUUCAGUCCCAGGAUCUGCUACAUUUUUGGUGCUGGAGGAAGCGCUGAGGAGCACACGUUGCUGCUGGGGUCACCACUGCUGCCCUGCGUGUUAGUGGCUUAUUGCCCCUGUACAGCUGCAGCUGCCACAACCCCUUCCCUGGGGGUGUAUGAAACAACUCACAGCGUCAGCAUGUGGGAGAACGUGCAACGAUACCCAAACAAUGCUUUGACGGGGGCCUUUCCCACAUCAGCCAGACCUAGACUGCUGCGCAGGACCAUUGCUGGGCUCUAGCAGUUCACAGACUGGUGAAGACAUGAUGGUCCCCAGCAGCUGCAGAAGGACGCAGGGCCCGUCAGCGACGUCCUCGGCUCACCCGCAGCAGCAGAGGCCGUGGAACAGUACCGGGGCUGUUUUCUGCCCAGACACCCCACCUGGGGGUCCCUGGUGCUCCUGGGCAGCUGCUGCCUGCAGUCCCUGGUAAGGACGGGUUGUUCAGGGAGCAUCGGCAUGAGAAGCCCUGAGGAUUUUGAUACGUACGCGCCAGCACCUGGCUAAGGAAUGCUGCUCUCAUACAUUUCGUGUGCUGUCAAGUUCAAUAGGACAUCAUACCUGGCAUUCUGUGGCUUUUGCACUAUUGUAUAGGCUGCUGUGCCUGCUUCCUGCGCUUUUCUGCAUCGGCUGCUGCGUAGAUUGAUUUUAAGCUUUGUUGCCCGUGUGCUAUGUGACUCUGUUGGCUGUUUAGGGCAGUUGCUGUGCAUGUCUCCUUACUGUGAAUGUUAAAAGCACGUGCCUUUUAGUGAAAGCCAAUAUGAAGGGAAGGGCCUGCUUUGUGCAUUUUCUGUAUUUUCACGAAUUUUAUACCAUGACCUUUAAGCUAAAUGUGUACUGUAUGACCUUCAGUGCAACUGAGGGUUUGAGUUACUACAGGUCUUACGGAGUUGUAUGGGUAAUAGGAAAAAAUAAAGCUUCUUUUACGGGA